AUGGAUAUGUUAGUUCGUCUUAUGUCAACACCACCACUCUCCACCACAUUACAUCAAUUACAUGUAAAAGUAGGUAACAGUGACUUCAAUACUCGUUCACCUAUAUCAACGUCUCCUCUUUCAAUCCGAAUGGUUAGUUUACAUACAUUUACUCUCGUUCAAACAUUUUUCUCGAUGUUAACAAUUGAAUGGGUAUUUUUCGAAAUGCUGACAUCAUCCAAUGUAAUGCCUGUUCUUCGGCGUGCCAAUGUGUCCAUUUUUAUUGAUAUUAGUGAUUUAAAUUGUAUUAGUUCAUCAUCACUUUUCACUGAUCAUCGUCACGUUGAUGUUCAUUUUGCCUUCAGUCUCAUUAAUUGUCCUCGAUACGUAGAAGUGACACAAUAUAUACCACGUGGUAAUCGUUUUCGUCCACGAGAAAUAGUCGGUGCAACAUUUGUUGUCAAUUACUGGUGUGACAGAUCAGAAUGGGAGACUGAUAGAGAUCCUUUUAAGCGUGGACGUCAAUAUGAUCAUCAUAUGUGGUAUACUCUUCCAUGGGCAUUUGAUGAAUUUUAUCAUGAAUAUUUACCACACAGAUGGAUCAGUAAAACACGAGUGUUUGAAAUACCUCAAAAAAUGAUGACAAUUCAUCAAUCAACUCUUUGUACAUUAGAUACAUCAGAUCAAACGUUGCCAUUACCUAUAUGCUCUUUACCUUAUAUGGCACUAUCCAAUUGUAUUGAAACAUUGCACUUGUCCUACUAUAAUACACAUAUUCCUAUAUAUUUAUCCGCUAUUCGCAAUAUAACUCUUGUGAAUAGUAUCAAUUGUCUGAGCUAUUCUUCUUCAUUUCCAACAACUAUUCGUUCUAUUCGUAUUCUACUUUUUUAUUAUUAUCCUAACUAUAUACCACCAAACUGGCCAGCAACAUCAUCAAUUGAUGCUUUUAUACGUGUUUAUAGUGUAAAUCAACAAACAUUAAUAAAAGAGUUAUAUGUGAUUGAAGAAUCAAUUGAUCUUGAUGUUGCUAAAUCAUUUGUUAAAAUUGCUUGGAAUCCAUUUGAAGAUGUGCUUGCAAUUCCAGUUAAAAAUUCGAUUUUUUUUUAUGAAACCAACAAUUGGAAAUUAGAGAAAGUUUAUGAAGAUAAUACAAUUAAAGAAUAUAUUGAUUUAAUCAAAUAUUCUCCAACUAAAAACUUUUUUAUCAUUACAUAUCGUCAUAUGAAAUUAGUUUUUGUUGAUCGAAUAACUCAUCAUGUUUAUUUGAGAUAA